GUCUCGAGGAGACAAAUAAAGUUUCCGACAGCAAUCCAAGAAACGAAAGGAUAAGUUUCAUUUUCUAGAGAAUUGCAUCUUCUCAAAGCUUUUUUUUUUGUUGGAUGAAGAUUCAGUGCAACGUUUGCGAGGCCGCGGAAGCGGUAGUGCUAUGUUGCGCCGAUGAAGCUGCGUUGUGUUGGAAUUGCGAUGAGAAAAUUCACGCCGCUAAUAAACUCGCUGAGAAACACCAGAGAGUCCCUCUCUCUGUCUCUUCCUCUUCCAUACCCAAAUGCGACAUUUGUCAGGAAGCUUCUGGGUUCUUCUUUUGUCUGGAAGAUAGAGCUUUACUAUGUCGGAAAUGUGAUGUGGGAAUCCACACUGUGAACCCUCAUGUUGCAGCUCACCAGAGGUUUCUUCUUACUGGGAUCAGAGUUGGUCUUGAAUCUGUGGAUUCAGGUCCUUCUAUAAAAUCAUCCAAUGAUGAUAAAGCUAUGGAGACUAAACAGUUUACCUUACCUACAUCUGAGCCUCAGAAGAUGGAUUUUGAUCAUCAUCAUCAGGUGGGUUUACCGGAAACUAAAGUCAGUGAUCAUGUUUCCACAAAGCUUCCUUUUGCAAGCAGUGGAUCAGCUACUGGUCAGUGGCAAUUAGAGGAGAUUUUUGGAUUAACAGACUUUGAUCAGAGCUAUGAAUACAUGGAGAAUAACGGAUCAUCAUCUAAGGCGGAUACUAGUAGACUAGGAGAUUCAGACAGUUCUUCUAUGAUGAGGUCUGGUGAAGAAGAUGGAGAAGAUAGCAACAAUAAUUGCUUGGGAGGUGAGACAUCAUGGGAGGUUCCACAGAUUCCUUCUCCACCUACAGCUUCUGGUCUAAACUGGCCUAAACAUUUUGACCACAACUCAUUGUUUGUUCCGGACAUAUCUUCUUCAACUCCUUGUACCGGUUCUUCCCCUAACCAGAGGGUUGUGAAACGGCGGCGGAGACGGUUCUAAUAUUGCCUGAUCUCUUAGUAGUGUGAAGUGAACUAUCAUUUAAAUGAUUUGGAAACUAUGGUACUGUAGUUGUUGGUCUGUAACUAAAAGCUCAAUGUUCCUUGUUAGCUGCAACAUAUUAUAUUUGGUGAACUAUUGUAUGGAUAUUACAAUAAUAUAUACAUGACGUUAAAGUCUAGUAAUCAUCAAGUAGCUCAUUUGCUAGCUAAAUUCUAAAUAUGUAACUACAAUUUUUAGAAAAUGAGAAAAACAAAAAAAAAACAGAACCUCUUGAUGCAAUUCAUUUGCUGCCAGAAGCCGGAGCAGUCCAAUGAGGUGGAAGACGCUCAGAAACAGGCAAACCGUUAGGAGAUGGCAUAGUUUUGACAUUGAUGUCAAGAGGAAACAAUCUAUCCUCAAUGUCAAGCUCUCUGCAAAUCUUGGCAAUCUCUUCAACAAGUUGAGAUCG